AUGAUCCAAACAGAUAAUAAUAUCAGUAGUAUUAAUUACCUCAAAUAUAUUAACCCAAACUUAUUAAAUAAAGGACCACAAAUUGAUAACCAAUACAUAAUAUGUUCUGCCAAAAAUAAAUUAUCUAAAAAAAUGAAACAAAAGGCAACUGAAAAUCCGGAAUACCAAUACCUCUUAAAAGAUUAUAAAUUCACUAGAAACCCUCAAAGGAUGAACACACAACCAAAAAGAAAGAAAGCAUAUUACUUCAUGGCAACCAUAAACAAAGAACCAAUAAAAGUAUUACUGGAUGAAGGAGCAAGCACAAACGUCAUGGGAUACGACUUAGCCAAAGAAUAUAAAUUACUCAACCUCCUACCAAAGAAUGAAAAACUAAUAAAAAAUGCACAAGGACCAGGAGGAAAACAAUUAAAAACUAUGGAAAAAUAG